GAAGGUCAACAACGACUUCUCUAGAGAAAACAGGCGUUGACGCCCCGGCAGCUGGUUGGUCUUCGUCAGCUCCUCACUGUGUCGGGGAGAAAGAUUUGGUCAGCUCCUACUUCGUGUGACUUCAGGCGGCGACCACCUCCUCUUCUACGCCGGAGUUGCUUCUUCUAGCCAGUGAGCUCUUGGCCGGCACACAUACAUUUUUUAUAUUCCUCAGCAAAUGCAGGGUUUUUGCCAGCGCGGUGUGCGCGGGAGCCGGCCGAUGGCAGUCGCCGCCCUCUCCCUCUCCGCCAUGCGCCUCUCCUCCGGCCAGUUCACCCAUCCCUCGCAGCACUACCGUCGUCAGCACACCUUUAACACGCUGCCCAUGCACGACGCCAAUCGGUUUGGCGGCCGCAGCGCGUACCUGCGCGAGAUCGGUCCGAUCGACCACAAGAAGAAAGGUCGCCUCUUCAAGCGCGAUCCAGCCACGCUGCAGUUCAACGUGGACGUAUGGAGCGCUCAGCAAACCCUGCGCAAGCAGUGGAAGAAGCGCGACUGGGACGUGGUGGAGAUGCCGUUUGAACUGGCGCCGAAGGAGCUGCAACGCGUGAUACCGGAGAAGUACACGGACGUGCCGAUGAUGGCGGACCCGGCCCGGCACGACUACAUGAAUAUCCGACGUAAGGUCUACGACCGCGAGGAGCUGCAAGGCGCGCUCUACGCGGGCAGCGGGCCGCCGCCGUACCCCUCGAUUCAGCGGGUGGAAAAGCCUGCGAUGACGCUGGACAAGUUUAUGUAA